AUGGUUCUCCAUACGUUUUCCGAAAAUUAUGGCAUUGGGGUCGAGCCGCUUUCUCCCGAGCGGUUUGCUGCCUAUGGUGGCGUACUAAGUGCCGACCAUCAAGUCAAAAAUGUCAAAAGUUCAGCGGCAAAUUACGGAACCGCUGUGAAGAUGCAUAAAGUUGCACCCAUUAUUAACAAUUACCAUCAAUGUAAGAGCGGAAAGGCUGCCAGUGCCAACUGGAACAUCUUUCGGUGCUCUGCACCUAAGCACUUGAUCAAAAACCAAGUAUAUACUGCCAAAGUUGUAGAAAGGCACCCUUUUUCAACCCAGACAUUUGUGCCUAUGGGACAAGAUUUGGACAAGAUUUCGUACUUGGUUAUUGUUGCUAAAACCGAUGUAACUUCUGAGCAGAAGCUUCCAGAUCCAAAAACAUUGAAAGCGUUCAUUUGCAAGGGAAAUCAGGCGGUUACUUAUGGAGUGGGAACAUGGCAUGCACCGAUGGUGGUGGUAGACCAGCUGGUUCCUUAUAUUGAUUUUGCCGUUUUGAUACAUGAGAACGGGGUGGAAGACGAGGAUUGCCAGGAGUGUUAUUUUGAGCCGGGAGUCAAGGUUGAUUUUGGAAGUCGGAGCAAGUUGUAA